GCGCUCCUGUUCUCGAGAUGGACGGAGACACGGUCUACCUGAUCGACUUCGAGGAGAUGCAGCACACACUAACAACGCAUCGUGACGACAUAAGUCUUCAGUUUAAGACUGAAAUGAUGACUACACCGCUGUUUCACGCCGUCUCCUCGGUGGAUGAACAGUUUUUCCGCGUUGAACUGGUUGGUGGCCGCAUCGUGGUUCGCACCAACAUGAAUGUUCGUCGUCAGGGCGGCUCCUCAGAGGAGGUCUUCAAUUUCCAAAGCCCUCUGCUCUCCGACGGUCAAUGGCACACGGUGAAUGUACGCAGAAGAGCCAACUUCAUCUACGUUAGUGUGGACGGACAAGCAGGAAUGACCGGAGAAAUUCCUGUCAAGGGUGAAAAACCCUUUCAUCUCGCAACGCAACAGAUCUACCUGGGGGGCCCUGCGCCUAAAAACUACGAGAAGCCGCCCCCACGAGCCUCUCGUGCCGGCUUCCUGCCCGAGGGGGUUCGAUUUACUGGGGAAUUGCGCAACUUCUAUUGGAAUGAGUAUGACUUUAUUGGCACCGAAGAACUGAGCAAGUCAUACGCCACCGACCUGUUGACGCCAAGGGCUGUUGUCCCCGAGUUUCCACAAUGGCCACGAGAGCCUACCUACUCGUUGACGCUGAUGCCACGACUACGCUACGCUGCUUUGAAGACGCCGAUAAAAAUGAAGGAGGCCGGCGACAUGGUGUUGAUUGAAUUCAAGACGGAAUAUGACGGCGUCAUUUUGCAUGUGAGCUUAAUGAGCCAUUUAAGGUGUUUCUGUUCUACUGUUGUUUUUUUCGUAUCUCCGUCUUCUUCCUACAGAUAG